AUGGCUACUUACAAUAAUCACUUUACCAGCUUUGCCAUUGCACUGAUUCUCCUUCCCACGAUAUGCAUGGCAACGGAAUAUAUUGUUGGAGACAACAAAGGGUGGACCAUUAAUUUCGAUUAUCAAGCUUGGGCAAAGGGCAAAGUAUUCCAUGUUGGCGACACAUUAGUGUUCAACUACGAGGCUCCUAAUCACGACGUCUACAAAGUGAACGGCACUGCAUUUAACGAUUGCAUUGCUCCACCAGACGCGGAAAAAUUCACCUCAGGAAACGACAAGAUAGAGCUCAAAACUGCAGGAAACAAAUGGUAUCUUUGUGGAAAAGCAGGUCACUGCGGAACUGGACAGAAGCUCAGCAUUGCUGUUAGCAACACGAGUGCUCCUGAACCCGCGCCCAACUCUGCUGUUCGCGGCACCUUCUUCUCUGCCUACCAAGUCUUGAUGGCACUCAUUGUCGUUCUUGUCGUCGUUAGUUAA